AUGCUGCGGGUCAUGGAAUCGUUGAAUAUGCAGGGCACGAUGGGUUACCACGCGAUCAACACGCUUUCUACCUGCAACGUGAGGGAUCGGUUGUAUCAUGCGAUCAACGAGGAGCGUUUCAUGAGAGCCAAGCUGUUCACGGAUGCUACCUACCUCCCCAGCCUGAAGACGUGCAGCCACUACACGAUCGACUUUGUCUUUAAGCAGACCCCCGUUCUCGACCGCCUGCGCAGUCGCCUGGAUGAGGUGCUCCGCCUCUGUGACAAUAUGAUGUGCAGAGAUUACGUCAACGAGAUCCGGCAUGUAUUCUAUGUGAAGAAUCUCCUGUUCCACGAGAUCUUCACCAAUUUCUAUCUGGACAGGGUGCAGAAUGGGCUGGACAAUAUGGUCUUUGACACAUUCCAAGGGAGGGGUACGGCCAACGUCUACGUCAACCUCGUGUUUGACAGGGAGAAAUUCGAGAAGCUGAGGGAGAACGGCGUGUCUCUCUAUGCCACCAGGGCUGACUACAAGAACUUCCUGGCGAAGUUUGUCAUCUUCAGGAUGAUGAGCGAUUUCCCUGACGACGUCAUGUUCAGCACGACGAAGGCGACGAAGAAGGCGAAGGGCGCCGCCUUGUAG